AUAAAAUUCUUUUAUAUUAGCACAUGUAUAAAAAAAAAUCUGUUAUAGAAGAAAGAAUACGACUUUAAUUAAGUCAGUAUAAAGUCCGAACAGUAUGCGCGUUUCUCUGCGCGCAGAUCUGAUGUCUGAAUAAACAAUUAUCGUCUGGUUAACGCAUUAGUAGUUCACUGCCGGUUAAAGUGUCAUAGUCAUCACUAGGUUAACCAAAGAUGGAAGUUCGAACAGAAUUAAUUACGGAACUUCGUGAAAAAUUUUUUAAAAAAUUGGCCGACGAGGGACCACCAGAUCCUAAGUUUCAUCCUGUAGAUAUUGCUAAAAUAAAAGAUAAUAACCAUUGGUUACAAAGAUUUUUGGAGCAUAAUGAAAACAAUGUGCAAGAAGCACUUAAUAUGUUAUGGGAAACUUGCUGUUGGAGGAGUAAAUUUGGCACAAAUGAGAUUACAGAAGAGAAUGUAAUGAAAGAAUAUUUAAAUAGCGAACUGUGCUUUAUUCACGGUAAAGAUAAAGAUGCUAAAACAAUGUUUGUUAUUAGAUGUAAAUUGCACACUAAAGGAAGCAAAGACUUUAGUCAGUUGCAAAAGCUCGUUGUGUAUUGGUUUGAAAGAUUAGAAAGACAAACUAAUGGUAAUCAAAUUUCACUUUUCUUUGAUAUGUCAGAUACUGGUAUUCUAAAUAUGGAUAUGGAAUUUAUCAAAUACCUGAUUAAUCUUUGUAAAAAUUACUAUCCUAAUUUUUUAAAUUAUAUUAUUAUUUUCGAAAUGCCAUGGAUAUUAAAUACUGCAUUUAAAAUUAUAAAGUCAUGGUUGCCACCUAAGGCAAUUCCAAAAAUUAAAUUUGUACAAAAAAGUAACAUACAUGAGUUUGUAGAACCUAAUGAUAUACUUACAUGUUGGGGAGGUAGUAAUGAAUAUGUCUUCAAAUUUGUAUCAGAAGCACAAAACAGUGUAGAUGCUACAAUGAAUGGUAAAUUUGAUAAUAAAAAGUAUUAUCUAUUGAACCAGAUGCACUCAUAUUUAACAAAACCGGGAAUGAAAUUAGUGGAACAAUUACAUUAAAAAAUAUAACCACUGAUAAACCUUUAUCUUAUAAGGUAAAAACAACAUCACCAGGGAAGUUUAAAGUACGUUUAAGUUCGGGAGUUUUAUUACCUCAAGAACAACGCACGAUUUCAGUUGUUGUGCAACAAGAGCAUAACAUGCGCGGCCUUUUACAAGUUGAUAAAUUUUUAGUUAUGUGCCUUCCAUUAAAAGAUCCAAAUGCAUCGGCCCAAGAACUAGCAGCUUUAUGGAAGUCUGAGAAACCAGCAGAAGAACAUAAAUUAAGAUGCUGUGAUGGUGGAAUUACAAGUAGUGAAUCAUUAAAAUUACAUUCCACCUCUGGUAUAUCAGAAAGUGGUCAAAUAGAUAUACUUUCCCGUAAAAUAGCACAUUUGAAAGAUAGUCAUACAAAGCUGUAUAAUGAUGUUGCUUUUUUAAAGCACUUAUCAUUCUUUUCUAUGAUAGUUACAAUUAUAAUGGCCAUAAUAGUUAUUUAUAUUUUAAAAAUUGACAUUAAAAAUACUGUAGAUUUAACACCCGGAAGUACCUAAAACGACAGUCGUCCGGUGUAAACAUGACGAGUGACGCGUGCCAGUGCGCAGCUAUCAACGCGCAGCAUUUGAACAUUCGUAGUUCGAUCGGCCAUAUUGUCCUCCCGGGUCUUACACAACGCCCUCACACGAACGUUCUCGACUUUAUGAGGUAAGCGAAUAUUUCGAGGUUUCGUGUCGCAGGCGAACUUAGCACAACGUGGAAGCACUAUUCCGUGUGAAGAACAACGAUUUUCAGAUUCGAGGGAAUCUGUGCCAGUCCAGUCGCGAGCUGAACGCAGAACAUUGGUAAGUUAUAUUCAGCACGUAGCAGAACGAACAGUAUUCCCUUCCGUUGCGUCCUCCAUAUUGAUGACAGCGCCGACGGUGAUAAUUUUCUGAAAUUUUUGUCGUUAAUGCCCCCUGUGUCCUGAAAUCGAAAGCACCCGCGUUGUCUUAAAAGCUUUCCGACAGAAUGCGCAACUUCGGAGCCUCCGGUGUUCGAUGAAAGUCCACGGGUACGGAACCCUGGAGGCUCGCCAUGUAUUUCCACACGCUUCUUCGUCCAUCACGGCGCAAUCACAUUCUACCCAUGGCGUCAUCCUUGUUCGCAUUACCCGCUUCGCGUGUUACAUGGCGUUCCGCGGCAGCGUGUGUCGCUUCUGUCAAUCCCGUUUGCCUUUCCAGCGAUACAACGCUCUGAUGCUCGGUUACGAGGAUUUUAACGCGUGGUUAGCCUCGUUAAUUGUUCGCUCUCGACGAAUCCCCCCCUCUCCCCACACGUCGCCUCCUGUUCAUCCAUUCUUUCGUACCUUCAAUUUCUUUACUCGGAUAUAUUGAUUUUCCUUUAAUUUCGCGCGACUCACGAUGCCUCGUGCACAUCCACUGAUGUUUCGGUGGUGAUUGGUACAAUUUUCGAACGUUACUGAAUGCAUGCACGUGUCUUCUCCAUACGUUCUCAAACGUAAAGCCGAUUGCAGUUGCGCAUUCUUUCAAAACAUUUGUCAUAUUCAUUGUAUAUGAUGUCCAAAAGUCUAUGCCAUUUUUUGUAACAAUCCAAUAUGAUUGUAUAUCUUUAGAAAUGUAUUUAUUCAUGUAGAUCUUUGAAGUCGUUUGAGGUCUACAUAUUGCACGAAUAA